AUUUUCCAUGGACUGGUGGUUCGAUAUUUAUAUCUUCUGGUACUGGCAUGAGUUCUUCAUUGAAAUUUCGAUAAACACAGUUCGUGAACACAGGUUGCAAUUGGCAAAGGAUCAAUUUCGCCAUGGAUUUCAGUUCUACUGCCAAGGAUCAAAAGAAAGGCGUAGACCAGUCCAUCCUACUAUGCUGCAAGUUCUUCGUCUCCGAGUCCCGCAGCAUGGCCACUCUGGACGUAAUAGAACGCGCUGCGAGGUCAAAUCCAGAAACAGUGAUUGUGAACAAGUUUCUGGAUGGAGCAUACAACAGAGCGAGGUACACUCUUGUGUCGUAUGUUCUGCACGACUGCAACGGAAGUGUUGUGUACAGCCCCUUGCAACAAACCGUCAUAGCCAUGGCGGAGGCUGCCUUCAACGCCAUCAACCUCGAAUUCCAUGACGGCGCUCAUCCUCGUUUAGGCGUAGUGGAUGACAUCGUUUUCCACCCUCUCGCAGGUGCAUCACUACAUGAGGCAGCAUGGCUCGCCAAAAGAGUUUCAGCAGAUAUAGGCAACCGAUUCAAUGUGCCAGUGUUUCUGUACGCGGCAGCCCACCCAACAGGGAAGGAGCUGGACACUAUAAGGCGAGAGCUGGGCUACUACAGACCCAAUUUCCAAGGUAGCCAAUGGGCUGGAUGGGCCAUGCCCGACACCGUCCCACUGAGUCCCGACGAGGGACCCAACGUGGUUUCCCGGGCCAAAGGCAUCACGAUGAUCGGAGCACGCCCUUGGGUUGCACUCUACAACGUGCCGAUCCUGUGCACUGACGUGUCAGCAGCAAGAAGAAUCGCACGGAAGGUGAGUGCUCGCGGUGGUGGGCUUCCAACAGUGCAAACGCUUGGGCUUGUCCAUGGCGAGGACUCCACUGAGAUAGCCUGCAUGCUGCUGGAACCGAACCAGAUUGGCGCAGACAGGGUGCAGCAUCGGGUGGAGAUGCUGGCAGCACUAGAAGGACUUGAUGUGGAAAAGGGUUACUUCACUGACUUUUCUCCCGAAAUGAUUGUGGAUAAAUACAUUAAAUUAAUCACUGCUAACAGAUCGUGAAUGUGUUUUUGUCUACCCAUCGGACUUAAUUGUUGACUGGUAAAACUCUUCGAAAUGGAACUUCUUUGGCUUACUAUCUUGCUCAUGUAAGUUAUACAAUGGCUACUCUUACCGUGCACAAAAAUUCUGUUAAAAAGUAUAGCAGAAAACAGAAGCAAAUUAAGCAACGAGUCAUUGUUAAAAACUGUAUAGAUUACUAUACAUAGGUGAAAA